CGGGCGACGCGCAGGCGCAGAGCGCGUUUCCUGGCUCCCUUGUCAGUGCCGGGCCCCCCCCUCCCCCCCCACGUCGGCCUCCGCCGCCGGCCGCUCCCUCUCCCGCCGCUCGGAGCGGAGUCGCGUUGACUGACCAGAGUCCGCGAGUCCCGCUCCGCUCCCGCCGCCUCAGCUCUUCAACUUUUGCUGUAUAUGGAAAUGUGCUGCUACUGCAUGUUGGCAAGUACUAAAGCAAGAUCGUGGAAAAAGCAAUUUGCAGACAUGUUUUGCUUACAUUAACACAUGGAAUCUCAAAUCAUGGCUGUCCAAGGUCAAAGCUUUUUCAAUUUUUAAAACAUAGGAAUAACUCUUAAUUCGGAAUGUCUCUACAUCAGUUUUUACUAGAGCCAAUCACCUGCCAUGCAUGGAACAGAGAUCGUACUCAGAUUGCUAUUAGCCCUAAUAAUCAUGAAGUCCACAUCUAUAAGAAGAGUGGGAACCAGUGGGUAAAAGCCCAUGAGUUAAAGGAACACAACGGACACAUUACAGGUAUUGACUGGGCUCCCAAAAGCGAUCGCAUUGUAACUUGUGGUGCGGACCGUAAUGCCUAUGUCUGGAGUCAGAAAGACGGCGUGUGGAAGCCAACCCUCGUGAUCCUGAGAAUUAAUCGUGCAGCCACCUUUGUGAAAUGGUCUCCCUUGGAGAAUAAAUUUGCUGUAGGAAGUGGAGCUCGACUUAUAUCUGUGUGCUACUUUGAAUCUGAAAAUGAUUGGUGGGUGAGCAAGCACAUUAAAAAGCCCAUUCGUUCUACUGUCCUUAGCCUGGACUGGCACCCCAACAAUGUUUUGCUGGCUGCUGGAUCCUGUGACUUCAAGUGCAGGGUUUUUUCUGCUUACAUUAAGGAAGUCGAUGAAAAACCAGCCAGUACACCAUGGGGCUCCAAAAUGCCUUUUGGGCAGCUGAUGUCAGAAUUUGGGGGUGCUGGAAGCGGCGGAUGGGUGCAUAGUGUCAGUUUUUCUGCCAGCGGUAACCGCCUAGCCUGGGUCAGUCAUGAUAGUACAGUGUCAGUUGCUGAUGCCUCAAAAAAUAUGAUGGUUUCGCAGCUGAAAACAGAGUUCCUCCCACUCCUGAGUGUGUCAUUUGUCUCUGAGAACAGCAUGGUGGCAGCUGGUCAUGAUUGCUGCCCGAUGCUCUUUAACUGUGAUGACCGUGGCUUGCUGACCUUCAUUUCCAAACUAGACAUUCCAAAACAGAGCAUCCAGCGCAAUAUUUCCGCCAUGGAACGCUUCCGAAACAUGGAUAAAAGAGCCACUACAGAAGAUCGUAACACUACGUUGGAGACACUGCACCAAAACAGUAUAACCCAAGUGUCUAUUUAUGAGAUAGACAAACGAGAUUGUCGUAAAUUCUGCACCACUGGCAUUGAUGGAGCAAUGACCAUCUGGGAUUUCAAGACCUUAGAGUCCUCUAUUCAAGGUCUACGAAUCAUGUAAAGAUGGAUUUCCGUGAUCUAGCAGGACAAACUGCUUGACAGAAUGCAGCUCCCACAUCUGCACAGACUCGAAAAGGGAGAAGGAAGGCGGAAUAUUUGGAAACACUGAGAAAAUACAGCUUGGCAGAUUUUCUUUUGAAUCUAAAUUUGGUGAAUUGUGUUGGUUUCAAAAUCAGCUGUGAUUGUUCUUUUUUUUUUUUUUUUUGGUUGGUUGUUUCAUUCCAUUCUUUACCAAAGCUGCUCCUUAAGUAGUUUAUUGCAGGAAGUUAUGAAUCACUAACUUAAAAGGGGAAUUUUAUGUAAAUUGUCUGCUAGAAAUAAUAAUAAUAAUAAUAAUAAAAAAAGAAAAACUGA